ACAAGAACUGCCAUAAAACAUGUUUCGAUUGUGCUUGCUCUUGGCUCUCUGCUGCACAGGCGGCUGGGGCAUUGAGGCUGAGCAGCAGUUGGAGCUGGUGCCGAUUAUCAAGUCGUUAGCCGAGCAAAAAAAUGAUGGCUCCUAUUUCUUUGCCUAUGAAGGCGCCGAUGGCAGCUAUCGCGAGGAGGUGGGCAUCGUAAGACGCUCCAAGAAUCACAUGAGAUCAGCAGACGAUGAAGAUGUGCACUCAGCUGUUGCUGCUGCGGCUGUUGCUGAUGAUAAUAAUAAUGACAAUGAUGAUGAUGACGAUACGGAACUAGAAGUAUCUGGUGUUUAUAGUUACAUUGACAGUGAUGGCAAGCAGGUGGAGGUCAGCUAUGUGGCUGAUAAAAAUGGCUUUGUGCCCGUGGGCACGAAUAUACCCAAGGAAAUAAGCGACGCGGCGAGGAAUGCGGUGCAAUCACUGGAGGUGAGAGCGGGCAAAAGGAGUUAAAGUGGGGCCGAAAGUAUUUGAAUUGUUAUAAAAGUGUUAUACAAACGAGAUAUGUGAAAUGUAUUACAAGAAAAUGUACCAAAUGUAUGUUUAAGAACAAAGUUUAUUU